CAAGUGUCACUCUCCCACACAGUGAGAGCUUCAAGUGUCACUCUCCCACACAGUGAGAGCUUCAAGUGUCACUCUCUCAUACAGUGAGAGCUUCAAGUGUCACUCUCCCACACAGUGAGAGCUUCAAGUGUCACUCUCCCACACAGUGAGAGCUUCAAGUGUCACUCUCCCACACAGUGAGAGCUUCAAGUGUCACUCUCUCAUACAGUGAGAGCUUCAAGUGUCACUCUCCCACACAGUGAGAGCUUCAAGUGUCACUCUCCCACACAGUGAGAGCUUCAAGUAUCACUCUCCCACACAGUGAGAGCUUCAAGUGUCACUCUCCCACACAGUGAGAGCUUCAAGUAUCACUCUCCCACACAGUGAGAGCUUCAAGUAUCACUCUCCCACACAGUGAGAGCUUCAAGUAUCACUCUCCCACACAGUGAGAGGCAUCUAGCACGUCACUAUAUCCUGAGGGUGAUCAUAAACACCGUCACUAUGUACCUUCUCCUACCCUUCCUGUGUGUCAUGGUGGCUGCCGCUCAUCCUAAUGACUUGGGAGUCAAUCCAGAAGAACUUCAUUCGACAUUGAUCGUGAACCAGUUGUUGUUGUCCCAACAAACAGAACUCUUAAAGGAGAUGGUCAACGCAGUCCGUACUGCCCUUACCCUUACAAACAGGUCCUGGACGAGUGCUUCCACCUGAGUACACACAGACUGACCUGGAACAAUGCACGCCAGCACUGUCAGGGAAUGAUGGGAGACUUGGCUUCACCCAAAAACCUCUAUGCUCUCAAGACUUUCAUUAUAGACGAAACCGGAAUUAACUCAUAUGAAACACUGCAGACGAUCCCAGUGUUCGUGGGCGGCGCAGACGAAGGGGAAAACAGACAGUUUAAGUGGGUGAAUGGAGAAGCCAUUAACAGCAGCAACUGGGCACCUGGUGAACCCAACAACAAACACAAUUCUGAAUUUUGUGUCGAGAUGUUUCUUCACUCACACCCAUCACUUAACGAUGAAUCUUGUGUGUCGGAGCGGCAAUUCGUGUGUCAAUAUCACCCACCUAAGACAAACUAAUAACAAAAGGGCAUAUAUACCUAGAAAUGUGGCUACAGAGAGCCAGAAGUUAACACUUGAGGGCGAGAUGACGGCAGGACGAGUGGCUACAUAUUUUCAAGAUGAAGUUUUAUAAAUGAAUUUUAGUGAAUCAUUUACAUAAUUCUGUAUUCAAACAAUUUUUACAAUUAUGAAUUAGAUCAAUAUAAUAGCCCCAUUAGUAUAAUUAUAGUCUCCA